UUAAAACUGUGUAGCGCCCUCAGUGAGCAAGUUGUGGAAAGCAAAACAAAAAUGGCUGCACGUUGUGUGACUGAGAGAUGUUCUCAGAUGCUGACUCAUGGGCCUCUCCACCUUCUCCCAGGCCUGCCUGGCCUCACCUUGGUGAGGACGCUGUGCUUGUCAUCACUUCAGCUUGGUGCACGUCGGUACACGGGGCGGCCCACCUUAGCCGACCGCCCGGUGGUAAAAAUGCCCCAGGGGGAUGACAGACCGCACAUGCUGCAUGUUGUGUGGCGGAUACGGUCAACCAAGAGGCGGCCAUAUUGGGAGAGGGAUGUCAUCAAGCAGCUGAUGUUGGAACGGAAUUUCUUUCCAGUUGUGCACAAGAACACAGAGUCAGUGAAUGCGCUCCUGAGGCAAGUCCGUCACCUGGUGCGGAUUAAGCCCCUGGUCCUGAAGCAUGGCCUCCCCCAUGGGGACUAUGACUCCACCCUCCUCAAGUGGAAUGGUGAGUUUGUCGUCCGCCGCAAGCUGAACAGCCUAGGGCAGGAAGUCGUGACGGACGGGGGAGAGGAGUUAAAGGGCCGGCAGGAAGCAGGGGCUGAGAAGGAGCCUGCCAGGGACCCCGAGUCCAGAUGACGACGACCAGGUUUGCCCACAGUGUCAGCAAUCCUGUUUAACACUAGAGAGACCUCAUCAAAGUUGAUCAUCAGAUUUCAUGAUAUGGUCAUGCCAUGUCCACUUCUCAGAACUCAAAAGCCACUGCAUUCUACUUUGCAUGUGCGGCUUGGAAUCUUGAUGGAUUUGAAAGUGUUGCUGCACUAGAUAGUACAGGAAAAAACAUGUAGAGAAUUGGAUGGCCAAUUAUUAGCCUUAUAUUUUACAAUGUUACACCUCCCAUAUCAUCAUCAUUCCCAUCUUCAGGAUUUUCUCCACUGAUGUAGGACAGUUAUUUUGAUACCAGGAUAGACAUACUGUUCUUGCAAAAUACCUAGUUUUCCAAGGCAGGUUUGCCAAAAGUGUGAUACAUUUCUCACUGACAUGUUUUCAAUGAAUAUACUGGCUGGCACACCAGAGAGCAUGACGUAUAAAUGACAAUGAGAGCAAAGCCCUAUGUUGGAUUGUACCGCAACCUCACAGAUGAACAUGUACUCAGUAAUGGAUAUCUCCAAAUGCACAGCAAGGCUGCCUGGGGCAUUUCUGGAGGAUAAAUGGUGGUUGCAACCUUCCCCACUUUUUGCCAGUUUGGUCGGCAAGUUGUAGUUCCCAUCAGCGGAAGUGGCCAGCUGUUGGAACAAUGCCUCUUGCCUCUAAUGUUGACGACAUCCAUUUUGUCUUCAGUUUCCCUUGAUUUGGAAGAUUGCAUAGCAUAGAUACUCUCUGAGGCUUCCUCGCUUUUCUGAAUAUCACACAGUGAGCUCGUUGUGUAUGGUUGAACAAGAUGACUUGGAAUUCAGAAGAGUAGUUGCUGCAGGAGAGUUGAUUAAGAAUUUUUUUAUGUGGGGUUGGUUCUGGUCUGAGCCCCUACCCUCCCAAAACAAAUCCAGAAUACAACAUUAGGAUGGGGUGUUUUGGGGUUAGUAGGAAGAAUCACAAGUAAAUUUUGUCUGAGAAGUUUGGUUAGUCCAAGGAUUCAUAAAUAUUUUGUCAGUUGAUUAAAUGUUUGCUUGUACCUGGUUUUGCUUGAAGCUGAUUUUAAAAAAUAAUGUUCCGUGUACUUUUAAAAUCCAUGUCACUAUAAAAAAAUGGAAUCUUCCCCCGAAUGGAUUUCUCUGCUCAGUUUGUUUAAUUUGUAAAUUAAAAACAAGGAAU